AUGGGGAACACCAUCCGGGCCCUCGUGGCCUUCAUCCCCACUGACCGCUGCCAGAACUACGUGGUCAGGGACCUUCAGGAGAUGCCACUGGACAAGAUGGUGGAUCUGAGCGGAAACCAGCUGCGCCGCUUCCCAGUGCUCGUGUGCUCCUUCACAGAGCUGGUCAAGCUCUACCUCAGUGACAAUCACCUCAACAGCCUGCCUCCCGAGCUGGCACAGCUGCAGAACCUGCAGAUCCUGGCCUUGGAUUUCAACAACUUCAAGGCUCUGCCCCAGGUGGUGUGUACCCUGAAACAGCUCUGCAUACUCUACCUGGGCAACAACAAACUCCGCGACCUUCCAGGUGAACUCAGCCUGCUCCAGAACCUGCGGACCCUGUGGAUUGAAGCCAACUGCCUCACCCAGCUGCCUGAUGUGGUGUGUGAGCUGAGCCUCCUUAAGACCCUGCACGCUAGCUCCAAUGCCCUGCGCCUGCUGCCCAGCCAGCUCCAGCGCCUCCGGGAGCUGAGGACCAUCUGGCUUUCAGGUAACCUGCUGGCAGACUUCCCCGCUGUGCUGCUUCACAUGCCCUUCCUGGAGGUGAUCGAUGUGGAUCGGAACAGUAUCCGUUACUUUCCCAGCCUGGCCCACUUGUCGAAUCUGAAGCUGGUCAUCUAUGACCACAAUCCGUGCAGAAAUGCACCCAAGGUGCGCAAAGGUGUGCGCCGUGUGGGAAGAUGGGCAGAGGAGACACCAGAGCCUGACCCCAGGAAAGCCAGGCGAUACGCACUGGUAGAGGAAGAAAAUCAAGAGGUGCAGGCACCUGCCCCACCUCCUCCUCUUCUUCCUCCUAGCCGAGUAGCUGCAGCUGUAUGCCAAGGACCCAACUCCAGCACCUCUUAG